AUAGCUCGCUGGCAAAUAUGGAACGCAUGCAUGUAAUUAACAUGGUUGAUUUGUCUAUGCAAUGUGGAUACUCCUAUAUGGAGUAGUACGCUACUGCACACCCGUAUUUGGAAGCAUUUUACUUCCUCAUUGAUUAGGAUAUAUCUCGCUUGAUUAACUCCUUGUUUAUGUGUAGCUAUAUAGGUGCGUCACUCCCUUGCUAUGCGCUCGUUAAAUAUACGUCGUCCAGGGAUUUUCCUAUCGAUCGGCUCGAUCUUGCUUCCACUACUCGAUCCAUUGAAACGAUGGUGAAGACGAGGGUCGGUGCCGUCCGGCCGUGGGCGCUUCUCGCUCUUGCUCUCCUCCUCAUCGCCGGCAGCUGCGUGGAGGCGGCGGACGAGCAGGCGGCGAGCGGCGGUGGCAGGAGGAGAAGGACGCAUCGACGUUCCGCGGCGGCGGUCGCGGACAUGAUGGUGCCCAUCACCUUCCUCAACGCCUCCGUCGAGAAGGGCGCCGUGUGUAUGGAUGGGACGCCGGCCGCUUACCACCUGGACCCGGGCUCCGGGGCAGGGAGCAAGAGUUGGAUCGUCAACCUCGAGGGAGGCGGGUGGUGCAACAACGCGAGGACGUGCAGGUUCCGGACAAGGACUCACCAUGGCUCCUCCAACUUCAUGGAGCGGCAGAUCGCCUUCACCGGCAUCAUGAGCGCCAGCCCCGCCGAGAAUCCUGAUUUCUACAACUGGAACCGGGUGAAGAUCCGCUACUGCGACAGCGCCUCCUUCGCCGGCGACACCUUCGACAAGGGUACCGGGCUCUACUUCCGGGGGCAGCGGAUUUGGGAGGAAGCCAUCCAGCACCUCCUCUCCAUCGGGAUGGCGUCGGCCGACCGGGCGCUUCUCACGGGCUGCUCCGCCGGUGGGCUGGCGGCGAUACUCCACUGCGACCAGUUCGGCGCCUUCUUCGCCGGCCGAAGCACCACCGUCAAGUGCCUCGCCGACGCAGGCCUCUUCCUCGACGCCGUUGAUGUUUCCGGGGGCCGCAGCUUGAGAUCUUACUACGGCGACAUUGUAGCCAUGCAGGGAGUGGCUCCAAACCUUCCGCCCACCUGCACCGAUCACCUCGACGCCACCUCGUGCUUCUUCCCUCAGAAUAUAAUCGACAGCAUCAAGACCCCCAUCUUCUUGCUCAACGCAGCCUACGACGUCUGGCAGAUUGAGGAAAGCCUGGCCCCAAGCAAAGCCGACCCCAGCCGCGCCUGGCGAGCCUGCAAGUUCAACCGCUCGGCCUGCAACGCGUCUCAGAUAAACUUCCUGCAAGGUUUCAGAGAUCAGAUGGUGGCAUCCGUGAGAGGCUUCUCCGGUUCCAAGAGCAACGGGCUCUUCAUAAACUCGUGUUUCGCCCACUGCCAGUCCGAACUGCCGGCCACCUGGAAUGGCACCCCUGCCAUUCAGAACAAGAGGAUCGCGAAAUCUGUCGGCGAUUGGUACUUUGGCCGGGCCGAAGUGAAGGCGAUCGAUUGCCCAUACCCUUGCGACAACACAUGCCGCAACAUCAUAUAAGAAGAUCUUGCAAGCAAGGGCCGAUUCGAACCUCAUGAUUAGGAUUUAGAACUCGAGGCAAGUAUUUGUUAGUUUUUCAUAGAGACUUCACUUCAGGCCGGAUGAUAUGUCUUUGUGUAUGAUGUAAUUAUGAAGGUCUCCUCAGAAUAAACUUGUUAAAUGUAAUAGAAAUAAAAGAUGAGGCUGAGAGAGGGGAUAGGGGAGAGAAAAAAUACCCACAAUUUUUCAA